CCGCCGCUCCGCACCGCGGGCAGCGGCGGGGCCCUGCCUUCCUCCACCUCCCUCCUCCUCCUCCUCCUCACCACACCACAGCCAGGCACAAUGGCCUUUGAAAGCCUGUUCUCCAAACCCCCAAACCCAGUUCUUGACCCAAACAUGCCCGACUCUGACAGGCAACAUGCAGGGGACGAAAGGGAAGAUGGAGAGCUGGAAGAUGGGGAGAUAGAUGAUGCAGCCUAUGAGGAUGUGAAGGAACACGGCUCAAAAGGGGAGGACAAACAGAAAAAUGACAAAGGCCACCGGAAAUCCCGGAAAAAACGCAAAAAAGAGAAGGAAAAGAAAAAAUCCAAAAGGAGAAGACGGGACAAGCAUAAGCAUAACUCCCCUUCCAGCGAUGACAGUUCUGACUACAGCCAUGACUCCGACAUGGAGCGCACGGAAAGGCCCCACAAAAAAAGCAGCAGCUCUUCCUACAGGGAUUAUGAUUCCUCCUUCAGUCAGCAUGGACACGUGUCCGGGAAUUACAUGAGUUCCCAGAAAAUGCAGCAUAAAAAAAAUGUCAAAAGUAAGGACUAUGACAACUACAGUCAUUACAGUGAUGAAAACUUUGGCAAUUACAACGAGGAGGAAAAGGACGAGGAUUUUGCUGACCAGCUCAAGCAGUACAGACAAGCUAAAGAGACUUCCAGUGGGGAUUUGGGACCUCCAUUCCCAAAGGAGCCAGUGAAGAAACAGGGCAUGAAAGGGAUCCAGAAAGGCAUUUCCCAACGAGGGAACAACUACAGCGUUGGAAGAGGGCGUGGGAUGCAGAAGAAGCUGAAGCGCAAAGAUCGCGGCAGGGGCAGAGGCGGCAAUAAAGGAUCCGAUGGCUUCCAUGAGGAUGGCAAACCAGUGAAGAAAUGGGUUAAUAUGAGCCAGGAGUUCAUCAACCAGCACACGGUGGAGCACAAGGGCAAGCAGAUCUGUAAAUAUUUCCUCGAAGGGAGGUGUAUUAAGGGGGAACAGUGUAAAUUCGAUCAUGAUGCAGAGAUUGAGAAGAAAAAGGAAAUCUGCAAGUUUUACAUCCAGGGUUACUGCACCAAAGGAGAGAACUGCAUUUAUUUGCACAAUGAAUUCCCCUGCAAGUUCUACCACACAGGAGCCAAGUGUUAUCAAGGAGAUAAAUGCAAAUUCUCUCAUGCUCCCCUGACUGCAGAAACCAAGGAGCUGUUGGAUAAGGUUUUGAACAACGAGGAGGAACCUCAAAAUGAAGAUGAGAAGGAGCUGGAGGAGCUGCGGAAGCGGGGCAUCGUUCCUCUUCCCAAACCCCCGCCGGGCGUUGGGCUGCUACCAACCCCCCCGGAGCAAUAUCCCUUCUCUGAGUCCGACAUGGAGAAUUACCAGGACCCUUCAGGAGAUUAUAAGAAAAUCCCAUCUCUUUUUGAAAUCGUCGUGAAGCCCACUGUGGAUCUGGCACACAAAAUUGGGAAGAAGCCACCGAGCUUCUACAACAGCGGGUCACCGCCGCGGCCGCCGUUCCAGGGCAACGACCCACAUUCCCAGCACAUGUACAAUCCCGGCUCGAGCCCAGGGCCGGGCCCUGGCAUGGGCCAAGGACACAACGGGCCCCCGAUGCACCCCGGUUCUCCCGGGCACCACCCCUGCGGAGGCCCCCAGGGGCCGGGAAUGCCGCACAGCCCCCCCAUGCAGGGCGUGCCCCCGGGAUACAUGGGCCCGCAGAACCAGACUGGAAUGGGCAUGCAGGGCCAGCAGGGUGGGCCUCCCCUCACCCCGCCGGGCAUGGGGGGAUCCUACAAUUCCCCCGGAGUGCAGGGACACAUGGUGAACAUGCCAAGGGACAAUCACUGUCCCCCGGGGCCGCAGUACCAGCAGAUGCCCGGGGACUACGAGCCCAUGCAGAACCCGGCCGACUUCUACGACAACUAUUAUUCCCACCAAGCUGUACACAACUUCCAGCCAGCCAAUAAUUCUGGAGAUGGAGCGUGGCACGGAGAAUUCCCGGAUCACCAGGCUCACCUCAUGGCUCCAGAGUCGCACCCGGGCGGCAGUGACUCGGACUGCAUGGGCGGCCACAUGGGGCACAACCAGGGCAUCAACGUGCCCGACUUCCUGCCCGCCAUGCAGAAGGCUCUGUAUGUGAGGCUCAGCCAGAAGCACCAGCGGGACGGAGACUCUGCCAGCAGCCAGGGCCAGAGGGCCAUGAGCAAAGAUGAAGAUGACAAUGUCAACUGGUAUUCCAGUAGCGAGGAAGAAGAGGGAAGCAGUGUUAAAUCUAUCCUCAAAACCUUAAAGAAACAAAGCGAAAACUUUAGGAAUCGGCAGCAACAUUCCACGGAGCAGCACAUGCUUGGGAUGCCCACGGAUCCGAGGCUGGCCAAAGACAAAGGUGUGGGGCCUCAGGCUGCUGACCCCAGGCUCCGGGGCUCGCCCAGGCCCAAUCCCAGGAAACCUUCGGAGUCGGCGUCCCUGGAUCCCCGGCUGGCCCGCGAUCCGCGGAUGCACAAGGUCAGCGAGGGCGGCCAUCCCGGCUCCUCGCUGGCCGGGGCCAAGCUGGAUUUGCACCACGCCCACGCCGGAGUCAAGGUCAAGCAGAAAGGGCUGGAUGACGACGAGGAGGACUCGGAGAGGGAGCUGAGGGAACGAGCUUUCCUCAUUCCCUUGGAACCUCUGCCGGGCGUCACGUUGCGGGAUCCCCGCUCGCAGCUGCGCCAGUUCAGCCACAUCAAGAUGGACGUGACCCUGAUGAAACCCAACUUUGCCAAGCACAUCGUGUGGGCCCCCGAGGACUUGCUCCCCAUCCCUCUGCCCAAACCCGACCCCGUCUCUUCCAUCAAUUUGCCCCUCCCUCCGCUCAUCGCCGACCAGAGACUGAAUAAACUGCGGAAUCUGAAGAACGAUCCGCACCCCAACGCCAUGCCAGCCGACCCCCGGCUCGCUGCCAAGGCCAAAAACAGCCUGGCGGGCCGGGGUGGCUACUUGGAUCCAUCCACAGAUUCCCAUGCCAGUAGCUCCAGCAAACUGGGGGAUCCUCGCUUGCAGAAGAACGUCGAUCCCAGACUCCAUAGACUGUCGAGCGCAGACGCUCACCACGGAGUCGGGAAGGAUUCCCACCCUCCCAAGUUUGAUCCCCGCCUCGCCAGAGCUCCUGCCAGCUCAUCCCAGCCCUCGGAAGCCGCGACUCCGAAAUCCGACCCCGACGCUCUGCCUCCAUACGCGCCCAAAUUAUCGUCCAGCGGCGGCAGGCUGGGCGCUCCCGGCUCCAUCCUGAGCGGGAUCAGUUUGUACGAUCCCAGGGAUCACAGCUCGUCCUCGGACGCGGCUCCGGCCGCUUCGGGAGAGAACGGCGAGAACCAGAAGAAAAGUAUUCUGAAGAAUUCCGCUAAAAACGAGCCGAGCCUCGCGGAAGACGCGUCCCAGCAGAAGGCUGCCUCCAGCACGGAGAAACCCACGGAAGGCUCGGCGGAAGCUGCCUCAGACAAGGCAAACAACAGCAGUAAAUCUCAGGCCAAACACUCCAGCGCUGCUCCUGCCGUCCACAAUCUCCCGAUCCAGGCGCUGUCGGGGUUGAUCCGGCCGCAGUACAGCGACCCCCGGCAGGUGAGGCAGCCCGGACAGGUGACGCAGGCCCCGGAGAGCGAUCCCAACGGGGAGUCGGAUGAUAAAUCCCUAAAAGAUGUUUUCAAGACUUUCGACCCGACCGCUUCCCCCUUUUGUUAGCAGAUGGCUUUGGAGUCUUUUUACCGUUGUGGGUAUUGCAGUUCUCUGCUGUUUUGUACCUGGGUUACCUCUUUUGGCUUUAUUUAUUUUUAAAUUAUAAUUCCCACCACUUUUCAGCUGCUAAUCUCCGAACCACACGCAGUUCUCCAGUACGCUCGAGUGUUUGCAAAGCUGUGGUAUUUUCUAGAGAAAUCCUUCUUCUUUCCAAUUUCAGGGAGACUAAUAAUUGACCUGUAGAAAGGAAACCAAUCCCCCCCCCGGAUCAUGUUAGAGCUGAGAAAAGCACUUUCAUUGUAAAUAAGUCAUGGAAAAUUCCCAGAGCUGUAUAUGUGUGAGCUGCCUCUUUCCCAACCACCACUUAGAUCCGAUUGCCACAUUUGUAUAGAUCCAAGCAAUAUUAUGUACAUGAAUUCCCAGGAGUGAUGCCGUUCCAGGACUGCCAAACCCCCGAACUGACGGAAAACCCCCACGGAAAUGAAUUCAGAGGAAAGCGUCGCUCCUCCUUUUCCAAUGAGUUGAUGUAAGACACGGACAGUUUUUAUUCCUGCAGUCAAUAUUAGUGUAAAAGAGACUAUAUCACAUAUUGAGGAUGAAAAAUGUCAUAUCUUUUAAAAGUAUUUUAUUCUAUGCUGUACAUAGGAGAAAUUGUGAAGUACAUAACUAGCAAAAGUAACUGUUCAAAGUGGAGAAAACUACACUGUCUAAUACGAGAAAAAGGAAAAAAAAAAAGGUUUUUAUUUAAUUUUUUUUCCACGCCUACACGAUUGGGAUUUAGUGCUCCGAGUUCCAUUGUGGUGUUCAUGUAUUUCAACGUAUUUUUGUAUUCAGCUGCUUAAUUUGUAUUGCUUUUUUUGUAUGGCUGUAACUGCAGUACUUGUAUUCAUGGUGUCUCGACGACAUUUUUAACAAAACAAUUAAAAAGGGUACAGUUAA